AUAGCAGCGGGCGGCUGCAAUCAUCGCGUUCGAUUAGCGUAGCGUGUGUCGGACUGUCAGUGCGCGUCGCGCCGCGUAGUCGCGCACGUCGUUCUGCAUUGUACUUGCGCCGUUGCAAGGGUGCACACGUGCGACACGCGACAGGUGCGCGAUCGGGAUAGAUUGUGCGAGUACAAACGCGGUUUUUGACCAUCGUCUCAUCGCGGUGAUCGAGUGCUCGGGUAGUUCGCAGCGUUCCGCCAAUCGUCGUCUCAUAAAACAAGUUUUUGCCGCGCACACGUGACGCGACUGACAAACGCAACUGGGAAUCGACAAUUGUGCUCCGUGUGAGACGCGCAACGAUGCAUCUUCGUCGAGCUUGACUUCGUGCUUGCAACCUCGAUGCUCCGGCUCUGUCUGAAGCCGCAUCUGAAGCCGGAGCGAUUGAGUAGAUUUCAGAUUGAACGAGGGAACAUUGAAUGGUGAAUGAUGUGACUAAAGGCUAAAGAUGAACAAACAUGAAAUAAAAUAACGUGGGAAAAGUGUAAAUCACGCGUGGGACAAGAGUGAGUCGGGAUUAGCUGAUCGCUUUGUGAAAAAAGGGAAACGAGAUGAGCCCUUCGCCCACGGCAAAUCGGAGUUUCCUGCACGGCAGCCGCAAGGCUACCCUAAUCUCGGACAAAGUCGUCUACGCCACUCUCGACAGUUUAGCGCUCAAGCGAGCAAGAUUGCCCCUGCAAUUGUUGCCAGUGGACAGCCAGAAUGUCGCGGACAAAACGGAAAAGUCAGACAAAGAGAAGAAGUUUGCCAGCAAAACGUCGCCCAAACGUUCUUACAAUAAAGUGAAAUCAGGAGCGAGUCAUCAAUGGAAGAAUUACUCCAAGUACCUGAUCUUCUCUUCCACGAAAUCGGAGAACCAGUCGGUGACUUGCGCAAACAGGGUACCAGAUUCCGGUAUCAAAAUCGAGAAUACCCUCAAGGAGGAAAUCCAGGCGCAACCGGAUGCGGUGGAAUUCACAGAAAAUAUUGUAGAAAGUGUACCCGUCAGAGAAGAAUCUCGCACUAUAGACUCUCGAAGUGACAGUUGCGACAACAAUUUCGCGCCGGUGACAAAGAAUUCUCGCGAAGACAUUACUGGAAAUCAAUGCGAGGAAGAAAAAUGCUCCGUCAAAAGGAAAGACUCCAAUUCAUCCAGCGAUUACGAGAGGAUGGAUGUGAUAGGCUACAAAGCGUCUACAUUAGAGAGGAUGUUUAGAACCAGCUCUGAAAUCUCAAAUGAAAUAACUUCCGGAGCUGGCCUGGCACACGUUCCGAAAAUCGAGAGGAAUACUCCAGUCUCUUUGCACGGAAUUACAAAGUCGCGGUCCGCAAAUAAUCUGGCGACGAGGGAAAUCGUGCGUAAAAGCGUUCCCGCAGGAUACCCGCGGCAGGAUGCGAGCUCGACCACGAGCGAUGAAGACGAUACGACGUCGCCGCAGAAGAAAAAGAAGAAUAGAAGACACUUCACGAAAAACGUAUUGCAUUACGUGCCGCGGCACCUGGUAAAGAGCCAGCCGAAGAAAAAGAAGAAGCUGAAGAAGUACUCGCUGAGCACUCUGAGGUCGUUCCAGACGAUACCCUUCUCGAAAACCGUGCGGGACACCUAUCGCAGGACUAGGAACCUGACGAGGGAGGAGCUGAAAUGCGUGAUCAUCUCGUCGCCCACGAACUUCGUACACGUGGCGUCGGCCACAAACCCCAGCCUGGUGCGGAACGCCGUUGGGUCCAGCUUGGAACAGGUCGUGAUUACUCAUCAGCAAAUAUGCGCCACGUUACCUCUACUUGUUGGAAAGGACGAGCAACGCAAGCUUCGGAACGAGAAGCAGCCCAAGGUCAUCUCAGGAAUGUCUCCCGCGGACGACGCGAUUUCCAGCCAACUCGGAGGAGACCGUUCGAUCGUCGAGACCACUACGGAUAAGAGCGAUCGAACCAACUACGCGGAGAUAAAGAGUGAUUUCUCGGGAGAUUCGCAGCUACACUCGGCGAAAGUUUUGAAGCCUGGCCAGAUGGUGAAAACCCCGAUCGAGAAUCAGGCCGAUUCGCCGGAAGGUGAGACGUACGAGCCGGUCUGCACCUCGCCUCCUCAAGCGCUGCCGCGAGCCAACUGCAGCUUUUUGUGGAGCAAUCACCGAGUCAAGACUUUUCCGAGCGACACUACUUCGCGCGAUACAACGAAGGAAAAUGCCGAGGACGCUGACAGUGAGGAAUACGAUGACGUCGGGCCGUCAAACUUCGCCGCUCAAGCGGAAUCCGACGACUACGACGAUGUGGGUCCGCCAACGAGUUGCCGCGAGCCCGAGGAGUCUGCCGUCGACGCUGAAGACUGCGAGGAGAUUUACGACGACGUGAUGCCACUCGAUCCCCAGCAGGACGGCUCAACGGCUGUCGACAAGGGCGAUUACAUAGUUCCGGGGACCCGCGAGGAGACAUCCGGCAAGGAGCCGAUCGUGGAAUUGCGUGCGACUGCCAAGGCGGAGGCGUUGCCGUGCUACGCUGCGACGAUGAGCGACGAUCAGUAUUUCUCGACGAACAACAAUGAAUAUUCCAGCGUGGACUGCGAGAGUUAUCUGGGCGAGGAGGAACGGGACGAGCUGGGUGUGUAUGACGACGUUGGCCUGCCGCACGGCGAGGAACGUGUCAAUAGCCUUUAUGCCGGCUCCGCACCCGGUUCUGUCUUAGGACUGACCUCGAUGAACGGCAAGGAAUCCGAGUGGGAGGACCUGGAAGAGGUCUCGAGCGUCUCGUGCUGCCCUUGUCAGACCAAUGAUCCAUGCGAAAAAGGGGCCAACGGGCAAGCAGUCUCGGGCAAGAAGAAACUCGCCCAGCGAUGGUCGCGAAACGUCAGGAGGCAGCGGUCCAGGAGAUCUCGCAGGAGCAUGAAGGCGACUAUGACACGGACGACCCUCGGCACUGCUGCAGCUGACGACAGCGUUUCCGAUGACAGUACCUACGAGAGUCUGUACUCCUGCCAGCCGGAUGACUUCAGCAGCGAUUCGGAGACGGAAACGCGGAGCGAUACGCAACGGACGACCCACGACGUCGCGGCCGACCGUACUUAUCUGGAGUGCCCUACGAGACCGACCCCGCCGCCACCACGAGAGGCGAAUUUGACUUUGCAGACCUUGGGUAGACGGAUAAAGAUGCUGCGCAGGACCUGGAGCAUCACGAAGGGCAGUCUCGGCAGGAUCAGGCGACGGACGUCUGCUGAUGAGUCUGGCUUCGAUGACAAGGAGUCUGGCAACGAGCACCAUCACGUCGACGCCGGCAAGUACUUCAAUUUCCGGCUGAGACACUUCAGGAAGAGUAUCAUCAGCCCGCCGACCUUCUACCUCGACGAAAACAACCGGAACGACAAUGUUCCUAGCGUGCGUGACAACAGCGUCUCUCGGGAGACGAUUUACACCAAUAGCCAGUAUAUGGGCAGCGGCAGCGAUGACUCCUCGAGGACCACAGCCGACGUCGGUGGCGGUUCCAACAUCGAUCAUUACAGCGUGCUCGCCGAUCACGAGCCUCUUUACCAGUUUUACGCGUCCGCGGUGGCUCGCGCCGCUUUCGAGUCGGAUUCCGAAGGUUACGAGGAGGUUGAAGAUAUCUGGUUGACGUUACCACCAGCAACGGAUAGGUCAGGACAAAGAAUGCUUUGGUGUCAGACACCACAAGUGAUGCACAGUGAUCUCCUGCAGAGGCUGACACCAGAGGAGAAGAAGAUUCAAGAGGCAAAGUUCGAGAUCUUGACGUCCGAAGCGUCGUACUUAAAUUCUCUCCGCGUCCUGGAGAACGAGUUCCUCAGCAAUCACGCGCUAAUGAACGAGACUUUGACGCCGAUCGAGAGGAAGAAAUUGUUCGGCGGGGUUCCAAGCGUCUUGUCCGCUUCACAAGCUUUUCUGGCCGAACUGGAGGUUGUGUGGAGGAGAGAUCCGAUGUUGCCGGGCCUGUCGGAAGUCUUGCUGAAACACGCCGAGAGAUCGCAGACCACGUACGUGGCGUAUUGCUCGAAUCAAGUGAGCAUAGCCAACACCUUGAAGGAACUCAAAAAUCGGAAAGGACUCAAGUUUUUGGACACUAUGAGGCGGAUAGAGACGCGACCGGCGUGCCAGAAUUUAUCUUUGCAUUCUUUCCUAAUGUUGCCAAUGCAGCGUGUUACGAGGCUACCCCUAUUGGCCGACGCUGUUCUUUCCAAAUUGUCGAUGGGAAAUCUAGACAGAGCGUCGUGGGAGAAUGUCUUGUCAACCUUGAGCAACGUCGUUGCUGAAUGCAACGAGGGUGCUCGAGCUGCUGCUCAAGAAGCCGAAUUAGAAGCUUUGGCGAGAAAAUUGGAGUACUCGUCGAAAAUUAAACCAAUUAUGUUACGAGGCAAGCAGCUGGUCAGAAGCGGAUCAGUCGUACAAUUGUCGAUGAAAACCGACACCGAGUACAAACUUACGUUUGGGAAGAAAUUUAACAAGACGCCGCUUUACCUUCUCCUACUCACUGAUUACCUUCUAGUCACAAAAUUGAAAUCCAGCGCUCACGACGAGUGCUACACCGUCAUAGACGCGUGCAAGAGGAAUCUCCUGGCCCUGGAGCCAGUUUCCGAGGAAUCGCCGUUCGCCGGACGAAACGCUAUGAUGCUGACUCUCCUGGAGAAUUAUUCCGGCCGCCACGUGGAGUACGUGCUGACGUGCGAGAACAAGACGGAACGCGAACGAUGGCUGGAGGCGGUUUCGCCGCCCAAGCGCGAGUUGAUCGGCGAAACCUUGUACGAGUCGUGGGACUGUCCGCAAGUGAUGGCCAAACAUCCGUACUCGCCAAAUCAGCCGGAUGAACUGUCAUUACAGCCAGGAGAUGUGAUAAACGUGUUGAGAAAAAUGGCGGACGGAUGGUAUCACGGUGAGAAAUUGCUGGACGGCGAGCAGGGGUGGUUCCCGGCGAACUAUACGAAGGAAGUCGCGUCGGAGCACGUGCGCGCGCGAAAUCUCAAGCGACGGCAUCGCCUCCUAGCACUCACCAGCAGCGUAAUACAGCAGCGAAGAGCGAAGGAAAAUCAGGGGAUUCAUUAAUAAUAUUCAAAUGACGAGAGCGUGAAUCGCUCGCACAUUGUGAUUAUUGAUAAGUUACUUACCGCUUGCUCGUGUAAAUGUGAUUUCCGCGCUAUUUUAUAACGCUGAUCGUUCAUGUGCCAAUAUAUUAUAAUUGUUACUCGUCACUAAAGUGAACGGCGAAAUUUUUUGAAAUUUUUUUAUUACAUUUAUAUAUACUCAUAUGAAAAAUUGACGAGAAAACUAAUGAUAGUAUUUUUCAUGUACAUUAUACGUGAAGCUGUGAAGAGAGAGGAGA